GAGAGAGGAUGCCUGCAUCACAAACUGGAUUUGGUGAUUUCUUUCUUGGCAGAAACGCCAGCAUGCCGCCAGGAUAUCAGAUGUCAGUUUUGGGGUGCCCACCGGGGGUGCAGCCACCCCCUCAUCUCGCAGCCAUCGCCGGCGUCCCAUUGGCUUACCCUGGACUUCAGGGAUACAAUUUUAUCCCAUAUCCUCACUCCAGACACAUGGGGCACAUGAACAAUUCAUAUGAUAUGAAGACUGCUCCCGCAUACCAUCCGGCACUGCUGGGCAGAGGCGCAUCGUUUUAUUCUCCUUACCGGCCAGCGGCGACAGAUGACCCCAGCAGGGUUGCCAAGGUGGCUACUCGCGAGAGCACCAGCGCGCUGAAGGCAUGGUUGAACGAACAUCUGAAAAACCCCUAUCCUACAAAGGGCGAGAAGAUCAUGCUAGCCAUCGUGACAAAGAUGAGCCUCACGCAGGUGUCCACCUGGUUCGCCAAUGCCAGGCGACGUCUGAAGAAAGAGAACCGGGUGAGCUGGGCGUCAAAGGGGAAGUCCGACGAAGAAGAGGAUGACAGCGAAGAGGAAUGCUCAACCCAGAAAGUCCAAGGUUCUGAUGACGAGGACGAAAUUGACCCGCAGACGGUUGAUGAAGAGGUGGAGAUCGGAGUCACAGGCUCCGAUGGAACGCCUCGGUCCGUGGAUGCGCAGUUGUCUGGUGACACACAGAGAGAAAAUCCGGUUGCUAACUCCACGCCUGAAACCGACGGAGAAAAAGUAGACUCUGGCUCAGUUAAAGUGGAAUGCAAGGGGAAUACUGACGCCCAAAAGCCUAAAAUUUGGUCUCUCGCGGAAACGGCAACCUCAGACACUGGGAAAAAGGGCCAAGAAUGGGACCACAAUCAUCAAAACGAUAACAAGUGGUGGGUGCACUGGGCAUCGAGAAAUGGACAUUUUUUUCCUAUCAGCCAUUCUACACAUGAUAUGUUGAGGCAGAGCGUUUGUAGAGACGUGAACUGUUGAUUAGCAAUUAGGGAAAACAUCGCACUUUCAUGUCCUGAAUUUAGCAGAUUUUGUGGAAGUAAUGCACACGUUGGUCGACGUGUAUG